AUGAACGACACCAGGAUGACAGCAUCCGGAAGCUCUUCAGCUCAGACCUACCCGGGAUCUCCGCAAUCACCCCACACUCGGCCGAAGAGAGUGAACCGCGCCCGUGUUACCCGCGCGUGCGAUCGGUGCGAAAGACAAGAUGUACAGGCUUGCACCCUUGCAGACUCUGUGAAGAGUCAUCGGCAACCGGAAGAACAAGGCUUUACUGCUCAGAGUCAGAACGCCCAGCAACACGAAGACUCCGUCUUCGCGACUUCUGCUGGUGGCCUGAACCCCGAAAGACCCAUCCCACCUCUUCAACAGGGCACGUCCACGCUUGUAGCAGACUCCAGCAACAUAUUCGGCGGUACCACCACAUCCUCCUCGAAUGUCCCGACGGCACUGCCCACAGAGCCUGUUUCCAGGGCUUCUCCAGAGCCCGUCCAAACAGACCUCGAAGGACACUACGUCGGGCCGUCGUCAGGUGUGUCCUUCUUACUGCGCGUCCAGAAACGUCUGGACCAGUCAAUGUCGUUUCCUCAGGGGUCCUCCGUCUUCAACUUCGGAGACGCCCCGCUCCGACAUGUCACCGCCUACUCCGGGGAGAGCCCGCAGGUCUACUUUGACCCCACGUUCUCGUUGUUGCUGUCUCGGAGCCAUACGACGAGUUUAGUCCAGAGGUUCUUCGAUUUCGCGGUGCCGGUGGACCGAUUCGUACACCGGCCGACGAUCGAACGCUGGCUCGACGAGUUCUACGACACCAUGGGCACCAUGCAUGACCGUGAACAAUCCUCUGCUCGCACGGCUGUCUUGUUCAUGGUGUUCGCCGUUGCUCAGGAGCACAUGGUGCCGAAACCUACCCCUGCUGAGGCGGACAUGACCAUCCGAUAUUUCAUGGCCGCAAGCCAGCAACUCUCCCAGGAGCAGGGCAGCAUCCGUCUCGAAAGCGUCCAGGCACGUCUCCUGCAGUGUCUCUGGCUGUUAUCACAGAGCCGCAUCAAUCAUUGCUGGAGUCUCUUCGGAACAGUGGCGCGAUUCUCUUUCGCCAUAGGCCUUCACCGCAACAGGGUCGCAGUUUCAUUGGAUCAGGUUCAGAUCGAGUGUCGUCGGCGGACGUUCUGGAGUGCGUACAGUCUUGAUAACUACUUGAGCACCGCUCUCGGCAGACCAAGGACCUUUCAUGACGACGACAUUGACCAAGAAUUCCCGGCAUCCAUCGACGACGAUGACAUCCAGCCCGACAAGAUUCUCCAACGGCCCAGUCGUGGCCAGUCCAUCAUGUCCGGCCCAGUGGCCUACUCCAGACUAUCCAGAAUCCUCAGCGGAAUCCUCCACGACGUGUACUCCAUCCGCCCCGCCUCCACCAGCGCCAAGUUCUCCUUCACGACCAAGUACACCGCCGACCUCAAGGCCUGGCGGUCCGACAUCAGCCGCUUCCUCGACCCGGACAUGAACGCCGUCCCCCUCGUCAUGAUCUUCCAACGCCAACGAAACGUCCUCAACCUGGCCUACUGGCACACAAUGAUCCUGACGCACCGCCCGCACCUUCUGAGCAACUUCGCCCGCCUCAAGAACGGGAACAGCAGCCAGCGGCGGCCGCGAGACGACGCGCACGAACAGCAGACGAAGGAGAGCGUAAGGGAGUGUCUGGAUUCCGCGAUGAGUAUUGUGCAGACCGUGGAUGAUAUGAUUCAAGCCGGGCAGCUGUACCGCGCGUUCUGGUUUACGCCGUACUUCGCCUUCUCCGCCGCCGUCAUCCUCUACGUCUAUACCAUCCAGACGAAGACCAGCGAGCCGGAGGAGACCUUCCGCCCUUACUACGACGCCGCCGACCGCUGCCAGGCCCAGAUUUCCAAAAUCGCAGAGCCCGGGUCCCUGACGUCCCGGUACUGCCUCAUCCUGGAGGAGCUCCGAGCCGAGGCGACGAGACACAUCUCCUCAUCGAACCCCGGAAACCAGAUCGCUCGCACGGCGGAUCACGCCGCGGCUUUCGACGCCUCGGUCGUGGACGUCGGCACGGACGGGCGGGUCCCGGGGAUGCAGCUCUCAGCGGACGGAGCUGCCGGCCUCGCGGAUUUCAACGUCAGCCCGAGCGACUCCCUGGCGGACUUGACGGGAUGGGGCCAGUUCGACUCCAUGGUUAUUUCGGGACUCAGCGGCUUGGACAGCUUGCUCGACAGCGAGCGGUACGGCUUGGCGCAGCAGGUCUUGUGA